AUGAAGAAGGUUGAAAGUACGGAAAGUGUGUGUAUUCGUCAUUUAUGGGAACACAAGACAACAUUCCGAUUUAACACCCUUUGUUUAGGUACACUUUUCAGACAGAGUGGACUUACACUUGCCCUUGGAGGUGAAGAUGGCAUCGUCAGACUUUUUGACCUCUCUGGAACCUCUGAUGAAGGAUUCAAAUCUCAGCAGACAACGUUGGAGACAAAAAGUGGGCCAAUUCAGGCGAUGGCCAUUCAUGAUGUCACAAAGUUUUAUCACAAUGAUCUGAUAGUAGCUGAUUCCUGUGGCACAAUGACGGUUUUCUGUAGUCGACAAAUCCUUUGUCGCCAGAGUGUAGCUGAAUCAAGCAUCAGCUCGAUCCAAGUCGAAAAAGACAAAACUGGAAAUAUUGUGGUAGUGAUGAGCACAGAGGCUGGAGUAAUUAGUGGAGUGCUGCCCUCUAGCGAGUUGUGGCGGAUCAACCUCCAUGAUUUGGGCACAAAUAUAAAUUCAAAGCAGACAAUAUCUGUACGAAGUCUCUUAGCAGCUGAAUUGGUCAACCAACAUGGCCACAAAUCAAGUUACAUUAUGGCUGCUGAUGACAACAAUAGCUUGAUUAUCAUCCAUCAGGGUGCAGUUGUCUCUGUCCUCAAGACAUCAUCAGUAAUCACUGCUAUGUGCCAGGGAAGGUUUGUGCCUGAGGACAAACUGCUGCCAAUAGGUCUACCUUCUGGAGGAGGACCUGCUACCUCGUCACAAGUAGCUCUCGGGUCAGAAAGUGGAGCAGUGUAUAUCUUCCACAAUUUCAAUGUAACAGAAGAUGAAUAUGCUAAUACUCAGUAUCCAAUCACAAAUCUACGAUCUCUAACAGUUCCAGACAAAGACACCGACCUACUCCUGUGUACUGGUCACUUCAACUCCUUAAAUAUCUUCUCAGAUGGAAAGAAAGUUGCCCAGCAUGCUACACCUGACUGGAUAAACUCCCUUGAAGUUGCAGACCUUGAUGGUGAUGGAACAAAAGAGGUUGUGUUUGGUUGCUUUGACAAUAGCGUCCAUGCUGUGAAAGUAUCGCCAACUUGAACUAUGUGCAGUUUGUGAUGAUGGCGUGAAACAAACCAUAUUGUGCACUGAGAGCAGGACUCUCAGGUUAUAAAGUCAUGAUAAGAUUUGACAGUAUCGAUCGCUUACACAGCAAUCCUGCUUCAUAUCUGCUGAGGAGCUCAUACAAAAGGACCACUCUGAUCCGAUUGUGUUGUCCAACUGGUCUUGUCACACACACAAUUUGAUGCUCGAUAAGAAAAUGAAUAGUAUUGGAAUUGCUUUUGAAUUACAAAAUAAUUAAAUUUAUUAAUGAAA